CGGGGCCGCGGUUUGGCUUGGCAGGGCGCCGGCGAGCUCAUGGCCAUGGACGCUCCGCGGGGCAUCGGCACCUUCGUGGUGUGGGACUAUGUGGUGUUCUCCUGCAUGCUGCUCAUCUCGGCUGCCAUCGGCAUCUACUACGCCUUCGCGGGGGGUGGCCAGAAGACCUCCACGGACUUCCUGAUGGGGGGCCGCAGCAUGACAGCUGUGCCGGUGGCACUGUCCCUCACCGCCAGCUUCAUGUCGGCUGUCACCAUCUUGGGCAGCCCCUCCGAGGUCUAUCGCUUCGGGGCUAUGUACAGCAUCUUUGCCAUCACCUACUUCUUGGUGGUCGUCAUCAGCGCUGAGAUCUUCCUCCCUGUGUUCUACAAACUGGGAAUCACCAGCACCUACGAGUAUUUAGAACUUCGAUUCAACAAAUGCGUUCGUCUCUGUGGAACAAUCCUCUUCAUUGUUCAAACAAUUCUAUAUACUGGAAUUGUUAUUUACGCCCCUGCCCUGGCUUUAAAUCAAGUUACAGGAUUUGAUCUGUGGGGUGCAGUCGUGGCAACCGGACUGGUCUGCACAUUCUACUGCACUCUGGGUGGUCUUAAGGCAGUUAUCUGGACAGAUGUUUUUCAAGCUGGAAUCAUGGUGGCUGGAUUUGCAUCUGUGAUUAUACAGGCUUCAGUGACUCAGGGUGGAAUCAAUACUAUUUUGAAGGACGCAUAUGAUGGCAGAAGAUUAAACUUCUGGAAUUUUGACCCAAACCCAUUGCAAAGACACACGUUCUGGACAAUCAUUGUAGGCGGGACCUUCACAUGGACCACCAUCUAUGGAAUCAACCAAUCCCAAGUGCAGAGAUAUAUCUCCUGUAAAAGCAGAUUCCAUGCCAAACUAUCUCUCUACAUCAACCUUCUUGGACUCUGGGCAAUCCUCACCUGCUCAGUGCUGUGUGGACUCGCCCUGUAUUCCAGGUACCGUGACUGUGAUCCUUGGACAUCCAAGAAAUUGUCUGCACCAGACCAGCUCAUGCCUUAUUUGGUACUGGACAUUCUGCAAGAUUAUCCAGGAGUUCCUGGACUUUUUGUGGCCUGUGUUUACAGUGGAACGUUGAGCACAGUGUCCUCCAGUAUUAACGCCUUAGCAGCAGUGACUGUGGAAGAUCUCAUCAAACCUCAUUUCAGGUCACUGUCGGAGAGGUCUCUGUCUUGGAUCUCACAAGGAUUGAGUGUGCUGUUUGGCCUGUGCUGUAUUGCGAUGGCUGCUCUGGCAUCACUGAUGGGAGCUCUGUUACAGGCAGCACUCAGCAUAUUUGGAAUGGUUGGUGGACCACUUCUGGGCUUGUUUUCACUGGGCAUCCUGGUUCCUUUUGCCAAUCCAAUCGGAGCACUUGUUGGUCUGAUGUGUGGAUUUAUCGUUUCUUUAUGGGUUGGGAUUGGAUCUCAACUUUAUCCUCCACUUCCUGAGAGAACUAUGCCAUUACACCUUGAAACCCGUGGCUGUAACAGCACGUACAAUGGCACAGAUUUAAUGGCAACCACAGAAAUGCCAUUUUCGACUAGUGCUUUCCAAGUGCACAAUGUUGAAAGGACUCCACUGAUGGAUAACUGGUAUUCCAUAUCCUACCUGUAUUUCAGCACUCUGGGAACUUUAGUAGCAUUAUUUGUGGGGAUGCUUAUCAGUUUAUUAACAGGAGGAAGAAAGCAGAACCUAGAUACAAAAUUCUUACUGACCAAAGAAGACUUCUUAUCUAAUUUUGAUAUUUUUAAGAAAAAGAGGCAUGUUUCAAGCUACAAAUCUCAUCCAGUGGAAGAUGGUGGAAUUGAUAAUCCUGCUUUCAGCCACAUCGAAUUGAAUGUCACAGAUCAAAGUGGCAAGAUCAAUGGGACUCGUUUGUAAAGCUGCUCUGAAACUAGACGAUCUUAAUUCAUGUCUCA